GAAGGGGCGGGGCCGGAGCGAGGCCUGGAGCGUUACGCUUGCGUGGAAACGGAGGCGAGACCUUCAGCUUGACAAGAAGGGGCGGAGGAGGCCUCGUCGUCGGUGGCCUUGAGAUCCCAUGGCUAUCCCACCACCUUACUGUGACCUGGGGAAAGCUGCCAGGGAUGUAUUCAACAAAGGAUAUGGGUUUGGAAUGGUCAAAUUAGAUUUGAAGACCAAGUCUUCCAGUGGAGUGGAAUUUACCACAGCUGGCUCUUCCAACACAGACACAGGCAAGGCCUCAGGCAACCUAGAGACCAAAUAUAAAUUCAAGGAUUAUGGACUUACAUUCACCCAGAAAUGGAACACGGACAACACCUUGGGGACGGAAGUGGUCAUGGAGGAUAAGUUGGCUGAGGGACUGAAGCUGAACCUUGAAACUAUGUUUGUACCAAACACAGGGAAGAAGAGUGGGAAGUUGAAGACAGCCUACAAACGAGAGUAUCUAAACAUAGGGUGCAAUGUCGACAUUGACCUUUCUGGGCCUACUAUCUAUGGCUGGGCUGUGUUGGGCUACGAAGGAUGGCUUGCCGGCUACCAGAUGGCUUUUGACACAGCCAAGUCUAAAUUGUCACAGAAUAACUUUGCAUUGGGAUACAAGGCAGCAGACUUCCAGCUGCACACGAAUGUGAAUGAUGGAACUGAGUUUGGGGGUUCAAUCUAUCAGAAGGUCAGUGACAAGGUUGAAACAUCUGUAAGUCUUGCUUGGACUGCUGGCAGUAAUAACACUCGGUUCGGUAUUGCUACCAAGUACCAACUGGAUGAUAAAGCUUCUGCCUCGGCCAAAGUUAAUAAUGCCAGCCUCAUUGGACUUGGCUACACUCAAACCCUACGACCUGGUGUGAAGUUGACUCUCUCAGCUCUCAUUGAUGGCAAGAACUUCAGUUCUGGUGGUCAUAAAAUUGGGCUGGGAUUUGAGCUGGAAGCUUAAUGCAAGUUUUGAUGAAGUAUUAGAUCUUUAUUUGGAAGAUGAAGGAGAAAACAAACCCCACAUGUUCUGGCCUUAAACUCUUCUGUGAAACUUCAAAAAGUGUGAACUUGAUAUUCUUCCAAAGAAUUGUUGUAACCCCAAACAUUGAAGUCUGGAGAGUGCAAACCACCAUGAAGGGAAUACUUGAAGGCAUGCAUGGAAGUUGUAAUGGUUGUGCUACAUUUCAGUUCAGUUCCACAGUUACUUUAAAAUGUGUUCCUCAGAGGACAGCAUAGCAUCCGGUGAAAGACAUCACCCCCCAUCCUCCUUUGUUACCACAUCACAUCCUGCAUGUCCUACACCUCAUGACUGGUCUCUGUACUGUAGUGAAAACUUUGGUUUUGCAUCAAAGCGGAAUAAAUCGAACCACAUUUGGAACCUA